GAACAUAUGUUGUUUAGCAUAUCUGUUUGCUGUGUGCACAUUGUUAGCUUUUGUUUUUUAACUAAUUUGUGUACUUUAAUUUGAAUAUGUCUGCAAAGCCUGUAUUAUAUUACGCACUCUUCAGCCCUCCAGCCAGGGCAUGCAUUCUUACCGCUAAAUUAAUAGAUUUAGAUGUGGAGUUAAAAGCCGUUGACUUUUCACAGAAGGAGCAUUUGAGUGAUGAGUUUCUAAAACUCAAUCCGCAGCAUCAGAUACCCGUUUUCGUGGACACUGAUGGCGAGGUGUAUGUGGACAGCCAUGCGAUCAUCUGUUUUAUGGUUGCCAAAUAUGGCAAAAACGAUCAGCUUUAUGCCAAGGAUCUAAAGCGCCGUGCGCACAUAGAUCAUCGUCUGCACUACGAAAACGGCGUGCUCUUUCAGGUGAUCAAGGAUAUUGUGGCACGUAACAUAUAUGGCGGCGAGGCGGAGUACAAUAAACGCAGUCUGGAGCUUUGCCAGAAUGCAUAUGGCACAUUGGAGCACUUCCUGGAGCAGGGCAGCUUUGUGGUGGGCAACGAACUAAGCGUAGCAGAUAUAUCAAUUCACACCACGCUGAUUACGCUAGAUCUACUGCUGCCUGUGGAUCGGCAGCGUUAUCCAAAAAUCGGCGAUUGGCUGCAGCGCAUGCAACAGCUGCUGCCCAAUUACGAGGAUUUGAACCUAAAGGGAGCCCAGGCGCUGCAGCAACGCAUAGAAGGCUGCAUGGCCGAUCACAAAUCGAAAUCUUGAAUUAAAUUCAAUUGACAAUAAAUAAAACCAUU